AUGUGCGCAACUGUUUUUCUUAGCCAUCUAAGAAGCCUUUUCCCCCUCCUUCCCUUCUCUCUCCCUCCAGGUGCUGGUCUACGAGUGUUGGUGUACGAGUAUGUGCGCAACGGCCCUCUCAGCGACCAUCUCUACGCCAAGUUCCAAGGGCACUUGCUGACCUUCGAGGAGCGACUAGAUGCGGCACUGGGGCUGGCGGAGGGGCUCAGAUACCUGCACUGCCAUGCGGAGAAGCCCGUAGUGAAUUGA